AUGUGUUUCCAAGUGAGUACCGACCUUAGUGUUGGUUUGGCAAAUAACCCGUUGGAUGUUCUUGAUCCGUUAAUCGUGAACGACUCAAAGUUGGAGGCAACGGAAUUGGAGAAAGAGAUGCUCGGAUUUGUUGAGGUGCCGGAAGAUGAUCAUGUGAAGCCAGAAGAUGGUGAUGACCCAGACCAUGAUGAUGCAAAUACAGAGCUUCAAAAAGAAAAUGAAAUCCUCCGAGAAAAAAUCAAAAGGUUGACUGAGGAGAAUGAGCAAAUCAAAAGGUUGACCGAGGAGAAUGAACAAAAAGAUGCUACAAUUACCCAGCUUCAGAAAAGAAUUUCGGAGCUUCAAGACGAGACAUAUGAGGAAACAGUUGCUGAACUCAAUUUUGAAGUGGAGACUGCUCAUGUUGAAAGGGAUUUUUUUGUGAAAGAGGUUGAGCAUAAGGAAGUUGAGAUCUGCAACGUGCUCGUAAAGAACGACAUUAUAGCUGAAAAGCUAGAAAGAGCAGAGGGAACCAUUGACGACAUAGAGACACAUAUUAUUACCCAACAAUUCAAGACAAGUGAAAGUGUGGAGAAAGAUGCAGAGGGUAAAGAUGAAGGGGAGGAAGAAAAAGAAGAAUGUGGUCCUGAGCAUCAAAUGGUACCGGAUGAAGAAGUGGAAAGGACAACUAUUGAAACUUUCACGGGUGUACUAGCUGAAAACAGUCCAAAACCAACCAAGAAAAAGAGGAAACAGGUGGACCCUUCAUCUCUUGUACAGAAUGUGAAAAAUGAGACAAGAAUAGAGAAGAGAGAGGAUGGUUUUGUCUAUGAAGACCUGAAGAAGAUAAAGAAGAAUAAACAGGAGGAGAUGGAUGAUGUGAUACCAAAAUGGAAAGUUGAAAAAACAAAAUUGGGUAAAUAGCUGGAAGAAAAAGACAAAGCGUUGCUGAAUCUGUUUUAUGACCUAAACCAAGGGCAUGUGAAGUAAGUAAAGAUACACUUAUUUCAUUAAUUCCCAAUUCCAUUCUCUUUGUA